CCAGCCGGGCUAGCUGUGUGAGCUCCUCCACCCUGCUUCCUCGCUUUUCGGUCCUGCACCACCUCCCUCCUGUCUUUCAGGGUCUAAACUUGCCACUUCAAAGUUAGCCAUGGACGACGAUAUCGCCGCGCUCGUGGUCGACAAUGGAUCCGGAAUGUGCAAAGCUGGCUUUGCAGGAGACGAUGCCCCGCGUGCCGUCUUCCCCUCCAUUGUUGGUCGCCCCAGGCAUCAGGGUGUGAUGGUUGGUAUGGGCCAGAAAGACAGCUAUGUUGGUGAUGAAGCCCAGAGCAAAAGAGGUAUCCUGACCCUGAAGUACCCCAUUGAACACGGUAUCGUCACCAACUGGGACGACAUGGAGAAGAUCUGGCACCACACUUUCUACAAUGAGCUCCGUGUUGCCCCAGAGGAGCACCCCGUGUUGCUCACAGAAGCUCCCCUUAACCCCAAAGCUAACAGAGAAAAGAUGACACAGAUCAUGUUCGAGACCUUCAAUACCCCGGCCAUGUACGUUGCCAUCCAGGCUGUGCUGUCCCUGUAUGCCUCUGGUCGUACCACUGGUAUUGUGAUGGACUCUGGUGAUGGUGUCACCCACACUGUGCCCAUCUACGAAGGUUAUGCUCUUCCCCACGCCAUCCUCCGUCUGGAUCUGGCUGGCCGCGACCUGACGGACUACCUCAUGAAGAUCUUGACCGAGAGAGGGUACAGCUUCACCACCACAGCUGAGAGGGAAAUCGUGCGUGACAUCAAGGAGAAGCUGUGCUAUGUGGCUCUUGACUUCGAGCAGGAGAUGGCCACAGCUGCCUCCAGCUCUUCUCUGGAGAAGAGCUAUGAGUUGCCUGAUGGUCAGGUGAUCACCAUUGGCAAUGAGAGAUUCAGGUGCCCGGAGGCUCUCUUCCAGCCCUCUUUCUUGGGUAUGGAAUCCUGUGGUAUCCACGAAACUACCUUCAACUCAAUUAUGAAGUGUGACGUUGACAUCCGUAAGGACCUGUAUGCCAAUACCGUGCUGUCUGGUGGUACCACCAUGUACCCGGGCAUUGCUGACCGAAUGCAGAAGGAGAUCACAGCUCUGGCACCCAGCACAAUGAAAAUCAAGAUCAUUGCCCCACCUGAGCGUAAGUACUCUGUCUGGAUUGGGGGCUCCAUCCUGGCCUCCCUGUCCACCUUCCAGCAGAUGUGGAUCAGUAAGCAGGAGUAUGAUGAGUCCGGGCCCUCCAUCGUUCACCGCAAAUGCUUCUAAAUGGACUGUUACUGUAUCACACCUUGACAAACGUAACUGCGCGAAAAACGAGACGAGAUUGGCAUGGCUUUAUUUGUUUUUUUUGGCGCUUGACUCAGGAUUUAAAAACUGGAACGGUGAAGGUGACAGCAGUCUAGUAUGUCGAAGGGAUCAUCCCCAAAGUUCUACAGUGUCUGGGACUUUGAUUGUACAUUUGUUUUUUUAAUAGUCAUUCCAAAUAAUUGUGUAAUGCAUUGUUACAGGAAGUUUACCCACCUCUGAAGGCCAACUCUGUUCCAAAAGUUACCCCAAACCAGUAAAAAAAAAAGUAGAAGUACUGCUUUACGUGUAACCAUCCAUAAAAAAUGUCUUUUUGUAUCUUCUGCCUUAACACUUUUUUUUUUUAGUGCCACGUGGUGCACUUUUUUUUUUGUUUUUUUUUUUUCUCCCCAAUUUAUAGAUGUGAAUGAAGGCUUUUACAGUCUCCCUUGUGGAGAGUUCGUUGUGGUGCCAGUAUGUGAGAGGAGGGAGGAGCUUACCUGUACACUGACUUAAGACCAGUUCAAAUAAAAGUGCACAUUAAAGAGACUUUUGAUUGA